CUUGUGUUAUCAGUUGUCACAGCGGCGGUGGCAACGGACUUGGUUUUGGUGACCCGCUCAGAGUGCUCAGGCCUCAGACUAGUCAGACACCGUUCGCGUACGUCGUGCGUCACACGCACCCCGGAUGUAUUAUCGUUUGUUCAUCGCGUAGGAUGCGAUAGAAGUUUUUUCUGGAUCAUCACGAUUCACGACCUGCCGCCGCAUACGUAGAUACGCCCGAUACGUCUAAAGGAGUGAAGUGACUUUUGUCGUCGCCGUUAUGGAUACGUGGCAUAAGAUGCGGCUGAAACUGUACUCCACUUGUCUGUUUUUCUUGGCCUUGGACUGUUCGGUAGCCAUGGGUUCCGAUGUCGAGAACCAUUUGGACAUGGGACGCGAUUUCCUAGCUCGUGGACAACUUCAAGAUGCCCUAUCCCAUUAUCAUGCCGCUGUGGAGGGAGAUCCAAAUAAUUAUUUAACUUAUUUUAAAAGAGGUACAGUUUAUUUAGCUCUAGGAAAAGCCAAAUUUGCUUUAUUAGACUUUGGAAAAGUUCUUGAACUCAAACCGGAUUUUACAGCUGCACGUUAUCAAAGAGGUGUAGUCUUGAUGAAACAAGCCUCAAUCGAAGAUGCAAGAAAAGAACUGUACAAUGUGUAUAUUGCCAAUGGUGAUUUUUCACGAGAAGCAUACGAUUUAUAUUCAAAACUUGAUGGUCUUGCCUAUGAUAUAGAAUUAGCCACCUAUUAUCAAGAGAACAAUGAUUAUGAAAGUGGUAUAAAUUCAUUGGAUCGUCUUAUAGAACAUUGUCCCUGGGCUCCUUCAUUACGUGAACAACGAUCACAGCUAUAUUUAAGUUCUGGAAAUGUGCAACAUGCUAUCAUGGAUUUGCGGACAGCUACUAAACUCCAAGCCGAUGAUACAGACGGCCAUUACAAAUUAUCAACAAUUUAUUACAGUAUAGGAGAAGUAUCUGAAUCUCUAAAAGAAAUUAGAGAGUGUUUAAAAUUAGAUCCAGAUCACAAAUUAUGUCACACCCACUAUAAAAUUGUUAAAAAAAUUGACAGACUGAUAGUAGACAGCCAGUCAGCACUUAAUAUCAAAGAUUUUUCCAGUAGUAUUCAAUUUGCAAAAAAGAUAUUAGACUUAGAAAAAGACACUCAAAACAUAAGAUUUUUAGCCUUGGAAAAACUUUGCCGCAGUUAUCAACAUACAGAUGAAUUAUCAUUGUCGCUAAAAUAUUGUAGCGAUGCAUUAGAAAUAAGUCAAACACCAGAUCUCUACUGCCUGAGAGCAGAAGGAUAUAUUGCUAACUCAAUGUUUGAUGAAGCGAUUAGAGAUUUUGAGCAUGCACUUCAUAUCGAUCAGGAGCAUAGACAAGCAAAUGAAGGAUUAAAAAAAGCGAAAAACUUACAAAAACAAGCAGAAAGAAAAGAUUAUUAUAAGAUAUUAAAUGUAAAAAGAACUGCCACCAAACAAGAAAUAAUUAAAGCAUAUAGAAAAGCUGCUCAACAAUGGCAUCCAGAUAAUUUCCAAGGUGAAGCCAAAAAGAAUGCAGAGAAAAAGUUCAUUGAAAUAGCCUCUGCCAAAGAAGUUCUGACUAAUCCAGAAAAACGAGAACAAUUUGAUCGUGGUAUCGAUCCAUUAGAUCCAGAAUCUGGGCGUCAUCAACAAGAUGGUUUUAAUCCAUUUCAACAGUUCCAUCAAUUUCAUGGGAGCCCAUUUACAUUCAAAUUUAACUUCAACUAAUUUAUAUUAUGGUACAAAAACAAACAUAGGUGCCAUAAUGAGUUUUGUUAUCAUCUCAUUGUCUAGGGUUCAAAAGGCUGUGUAUGGUAAAAUGUAAAUAGAGUAAUGCAUAGAAAAUGUCAUUGUGUAUAACAAAAAACGUAUAUUAAUGUAUUGUACAUAGUAAGUAAUAAACAAUAACUUCCAAUUAUUAUUGUAA